AUGGCGUCGUCGAGGGGGCCUUUCGCCGCGCUGCUCCUGCUGGCCUGCGCCGCGGCCGCCGGCGCCGCCGGCACGCUGGACGGGUCGGAAGAGUGGGGCUACGUGGAAGUCCGACCCAAGGCGCACAUGUUCUGGUGGCUGUACCACAGCCCGCAGCGCGUGGACAACGGCACGACGCCAUGGCCGACCGUGCUGUGGCUGCAGGGAGGGCCGGGCGCGUCCGGCGUCGGGUACGGCAACUUCAUGGAGAUCGGGCCGCUGGACGAGGACCUCAAGCCCCGCGCCACCACCUGGCUCGCCAAGGCCGACCUCCUCUUCGUGGACAACCCGGUGGGCACGGGGUUCAGCUACGUGGAGGGCGGCGACAAGAGCCUGAUGGCGCACACGGACGCCGAGGCGGCGCGCGACCUCGUGACGCUGCUCUGCGCGCUCUACCGCGGCAGCCCCCGGCUCCGCGCCAGUCCGCUUUACAUCGUCGCCGAGUCCUACGGCGGCAAGUUCGCGGUCACCACGGCGCUAGCGGCGCUCAGGGCCGUCGACCAGGGCCGCCUCCGCGCCACCCUCGCCGGCGUCGCACUCGGAGAUAGCUGGAUCUCGCCGCUCGACUUCGUGUUGUCGUGGGGGCCGUUGCUGUACCAGGUGUCCCGGGUGGACGAGAAGGGGCUGCAGCAGUGCAACAGCGUGGCGGCCAAGAUCAAGGAGCAGCUGGACAAGCGGCAGUUCGCGGACGCCGAGGCAUCGUGGUCCGAGCUGGAGAACGUCGUCAGCGCCAACUCCAACUCCGUCAACUUCUACAACUUCCUCAAGGACGAGUUGUCGGGGGACUCCAGCACCACCACCGCGGCGGCGGUCUCGACGCUGGCGUCCUUCCGGCGGCGGAGCGGCUACUCGGGCUACCUCAAGUCCAUGGCGGCGGCGGCGGCGGCCUCGUCGUCGGAGCAAGAGGGCGGCUUCGACGGGCUCAUGAACACGGUCAUCAAGAAGAAGCUCGGCAUCAUCCCAAAGGAUCUCAAUUGGGGCGACCAGUCAGACGACGUGUUCGUGGCUCUGGAGGGAGACUUCAUGAAGCCCAGGAUACAGGAGGUCGACCAGCUCCUCAAGCUCGGCGUCAAUGUCACCAUCUACAACGGACAGCUCGACCUCAUCUGCGCGACCAAAGGCACAAUGGACUGGGUUCAGAAGCUCAAGUGGGACGGCCUCAACAAUUUCCUGAGCGCUCCCAGAACGCCCAUCUACUGCGACAAGAAGGGGCAGUCCGGCACCCAGGCCUUCGUCAAGUCCUACAAGAACCUAAACUUCUACUGGAUACUCGAAGCUGGACACAUGGUACCCAUCGACAACCCUUGCCCUGCGCUCAAGAUGCUGGCUGACAUUACGCGAUCUCCUGCCAAGUAG